AUGUUGUUCAUCAGAAGCGUCUGUCGGAUAUACGAUGCGUUGGCGCUUUGGAGCACAAUUGCGUCUCCUGACAAGGGAGAAUGGAGCUUGUGUCAGUGGAGGUGGAUCAUGGGCUUCAACAGCACCGGCCAGGCAAGAAAUAUCUCCCUCACAGGUUUCUUGAUACGCGACUCCCCUCCUGCAGAUGCAGGCGCAUUGUCUGACGAAUUGACACCACAAAUGUUAGGCCUCCCAGGACUGUCAUCUACCCAACUGCAAGAUUCACUUCUACACGGUUGCAUCGAUCGUUUUAGAGAAAGUGAAAAAACUUCGAAGACUCUCUCAGCCGUAAAAGAAGAGCUGCAAAAAACGCUCAACUGCAACAUCAUGGAGGCUACAAAUAUCCUCCGCAUAUGCUUGGCUUAUUGGAUACUUUCUAGAGGCUCCAACUUAAGACCCGAAGACAUCGAAGUCACGGAGCAGCUUCUUGGUGCACAGACGGGACUAGUUCAGAUAAUUUUCAAGCAAAGUUCAGGAGAAGACGAGGAUUUAUCUAGACAGCUCCGAAGUAUCCUUUAUGAGGGUCUUUUCUACUUCGUGACACAACUUGCCAAUAAGGAAGUACAGCGCUCUUUUCAACCGCUUCUACCCAUGAAGCCAUUUUCUCGUCAGAGCAAAGCUCUAGAUAUCAUCAUUGAAGAUGUGGUUGCUUGGAUCGAGUGGGCAAGCACGAAGCCUUGCGCAAAAGAAAUAUUGAAUGUCACACCUGAUGGUUCAUUACUCAUUGACUGGCUGGGCCAGUGGUCUCCUACGGAUCUGAAAGAGUUGACAAGCGCGUCAUCGACAAUCAAGGGAUCAACAUUCCGUUUGAUUGGGAACCUUUUGCGUUCUGCAUCUGCUACAAGAAUGUGUGGUCGCAUCGCCAACUGUAGCUGUGCAGCUCGAGUCCUCCAAGCCGUUCAGGAUUGCCUGGAGAUUGACCUGGUUGAGAGACCAGUACUUGUCGUGCGCUCCUCGGAUUCUCGAUUGACUAGUUGGACGUAUGAAGAGCUUCUGAAGGUUGAGGAUUGGCAGAGCUAUGGCUUUCCCGUGGUGGCACGUAUUGAGGACCUGCCGAAGUACUGCCCUAGACUCUUUGGGGGAGCGGCGUGUGGAGAUAAAGAUGACAUUGUUCGCAUGCUAGGACAGUAUAUUGACAUCAAAGACUUCGCUUAG